GACGCAGUAAAUAGAGGAAGCUAGCUCGGUGACAGAUGAUGUGGACAUGAAACGAGUGCAAACCUACCCAAGCAGCUGAGCGUGUAAUGUUCAGGUAACAAAGUAACCCAAGGCUACGGACAAUGGAGAGAUAAACGAGCAUUACAGUCUUAUUAGAAGUUAACGUAGGUAGUUACGGUACUGGAUAAUAACCAAAUCGUCAGCAACAAUGAUGGCAGAAUGUGAUCCAAAUGAGAACGAAGAGCUAGACGGCGCGGAGGCAUCAGAGGCAAAGCCCAACUUUCCUUUGCCCGAGGUGUCGUCGGUAUUGUUUGACAGGAACCGAACUGAAUCAACACUGGGGUUGACUUUAAAUCCAGGAGGCGCAGUUCGGAUUUCGGACUCGUGUGAAAGUGUUUUAACUGAGCUUGAGGCGGAUGGCUCUGGCGAAGAGGCACUUUUGUUACCCAGUCCGGCCGGAAAUCUAUCACCUCGAGGAGGUAAAGACAAACGCACAAGACGGAACAGGAACAGCUCAUCUUCGGAUAAAGAAAAUUUGGCUUCACCAGGUAACAGCAGCGUUGACUUCAACCACUUCCCAGAGGACCCUGCCUUUGCCGACAUUGUCCAGCGGGCAGAGCAAGCCAUCGAGAAUGGUGUCUUCCCCGAGCGUAUUUCCCAGGGUUCCAGUGGGAGCUACUUUGUUAAAGAUCCCAAAGGGAAAAUUAUUGGAGUGUUCAAACCAAAGUCGGAAGAGCCUUAUGGACACCUGAACCCCAAAUGGACCAAAUACUUUCAGAAAGCGUGCUGCCCCUGCUGCUUUGGCCGCGGGUGCCUCAUCCCUAAUCAGGGCUACCUCUCGGAGGCCGCUGCCUCACUCGUUGACCAAAAACUCUGUCUGGAGGUGGUCCCCAAAACGAAGGUUGUUUUUCUGGUUAGUGAGACAUUUCACUAUACUGCCAUCGACCGAGCCAAAUCGAGAGGGAAGAAAUACGCACUUGAGAAAGUUCCCAAAGUAGGUCGCCGAUUUCACCGCGUUGGCCUGCCUCCAAAGGUGGGCUCCUUCCAGCUCUUUGUGGAGGGCUACCAUGAAGCCGACUACUGGCUGAGGAAGUUUGAGGCAGACCCUCUCCCUGAAAACAUGAGGAAACAGCUCCAGUCCCGGUUUGAGAGACUAGUGGUGUUGGAUUACGUAAUUCGAAAUACAGACAGAGGCAACGAUAACUGGUUGGUCAAGUACGAGAAGCCCGGAGAUGGUGAUGCCACAGAAAAGGACUCUGAAUGGACGUCAACAAAAGACUCAGCCAUCAAAAUAGCUGCUAUAGACAAUGGACUGGCCUUCCCUUUCAAACACCCAGACGAAUGGAGAGCUUACCCUUUCCACUGGGCAUGGUUGCCCCAGGCUAAAGUGGCCUUUUCACAGGAGACCAGAGACUUGGUGCUCCCACGCAUCUCAGACAUGAACUUUGUGCAGGAUCUCUGUGAGGACCUUUACGAAAUGUUCAGGACAGACAAAGGCUUUGACAAAACCAUGUUUGAAAAGCAGAUGUCUGUCAUGAGAGGACAGAUCCUGAAUCUGACCCAGGCCCUGAAGGACGGGAAGAGCCCCAUCCAGCUGGUGCAGAUGCCCCGCGUGGUGGUGGAGAGAAGCCGCGGGGGCGGCCAGGGGCGCGUGGUGCAGCUGGGCAACGCCUUCACUCAAACCUUCCACUGCAAGAGACCUUUCUUCUCCUCCUGGUAGAGGGGCUCUGGGCUGAGAGGGAGGGCAAAAUUGGGGAACCGUUUCUUGAGCAUGGCGUGCAAGAAUUGUUGAGCCGCUUCAUAGGCCUGCGUAGCACUGUUAUUAUUGUUGCCUAAGCAAUCAUCAAUGUGUCGCCUAGUUAUAUGCAUAAGGGGAUUUCGAAAUGUGAUUACUUUAGCAGGCGUUUUCGGAGUGUGGCUCUCAAGAGUAUGGCAUGUUGGCUUUAUGAAGGUUGUUUCGCAACCUUGCAGCAAAACCGUUCAAAGAAAGUGUUCUCCUGAAAUAAUCACGUGGUGACUGUGUGGAGAAGUAUUGGAUAGGAUUUCUAAAGAGGAUGAGAGGAAAAGAAUAUUACCAGAGAAUAUGAGUGAAUGUCUACACUUUUACUUUUUUUUCAGUAAUCUGGGCUCUUUUUUUUCUGUCUGAGCCUCUCCCAGAUUUCUCGCUCAGCAUAGGACUGUCUGUGCUCACCAGUGGCCAUUUUGAAAGAGGUAAAGGGAAUUGCUUUUUUUUUUUUUCUCUCUUCUCUCUUGUGAGGUGAAGUGAAAGUGAGGCGGGUCAAGAUGUUGGCACGCCUCCUGAUCACAACUGCCAAAUUAGUUUAGUUCAUAAUGAGGAAGAGGAAUGGCUGACGUGGCUAAUAAAAACUUGAAGUUUAAAAAAAGAAAGAAUAUGUGUAUGAAUGUAACUGCAAGUUUACACUUUUGACUUAGGCCUACAAACAUUUCAGUAAAAUGACACACAUACGGGGUGUUUUUUCAUAACUUGAAUGUAUUUGUCAAUGGACACAUUUGAAUACAGUUGACGGUAAACUAGGGGUAAAGGGGUGCUUGUGCCUCCUACUGUAAAGACAACAGCUAAUCAAAAAUCAGAAUUGAAUGAUUCUCAAUGGGUUAAGUAUUUCUUACAAACGUAUGUAUGCAUCUUGGACUUUUUAUUCCAAAUCAAUGAUUGUAAAAUUAAAAUUGUAUAUUCGUGUCUUGAAAAAACAAAUAAAAUUACUGAUUUGAAUAAAGUUUCUUGUUUAUUAAUA